GAUGGAAGACGAUGAAGACGACGAAGAUGACGAUGAAUCGGAUGGCGGCGACAGCGACGAUGGCAAUCCAAAGCCAAAAAUUAGCAAAUUAGAGUAAGAGAUCACUCAUACGACGCCUUUUAUCUACUUGACACGACAAUUGUUGUUAGUUUUCCGGGUUUUUUGUAAUUAAUAAAUGAAAAAGAUGCCUCGGCAUGUAAAGUAAAACGUCUGUGUUAUACUUUUAAUCAUUAUUUUACACGAAUACGCGCACGGCGCAACACACAACAAUUCCCGGCGCAUUCCUCGUGCUCUUCAUUUCUCACGUUACAUUUCGCUCCGUGCAGUCAGCACCUUCGAGAGCGCAGCGCACAGUUGCAUGCCCUAUACCGUAUUUGUGCCUGUGUCUAUAUACGAUGCUGUGUAGUACUUGCAUAUACGUAAUGAGGAGUACAAAGUAAUGUAUAUAGACGCCGGAGCGGCAGUUUUCUCGCUCUCUCUAUCUUUCUCUCUUUCUCGAAUACAUAUAGGAGACGAGUCGCGCGGAAGCCGCAAUUACGUGAAUGGCAGUAAAACGCCGCAAUAUAUGUAUUAUACGUAAAUGUAAACAAAAAAAGACGACGAAUAAAAACGCGCCUGGAGCUUAUAAGCUGACGUAUCAACUCCGUGUUUACUCUAGGCACAAGUUAACGCACGACUCCAUUAGUUAAGUCACUCCUGCACAAGGCAACGGAGCUUGGAUUUUCAUAUACACUAUAAAUUCAUGCUAAAAUGUCGACGUCGCUGUCGAAUCAGGCCCAGAUUCGCUACGUUAUCGAAUGGUUUCAAGAGUGGUCCGAAAUGCAGAGGGAUGACUUUUUGGGCAUUCUGAUGGAAAGAUGCAGCAAUCCUGGUCUUGUCAAUGGUUUGCUGAGCGGACUGGAAAAUUUAGGUAAAGAUGACUCCAAUAGGCCACCCAGUCUGUUUCAGUGUCGUAUUAAAUUAUUUAGAGAAUGGAGUCACAAUUGGUCUGAUGCAGAAAAAGAAACAAUAGUCAUGUCUAUUAAGAACAUUGAUCCAAAGUUUGCUGAAAAGUAUGAGAAAAGACUGAACGAAGGUAAAAAUGGUGAACACCAUGCUGAUAACGCAGAAAAUCAUGUGGAAGCAUAAAAAGAGAAAAAAAAAGAAGAGAAUUAAGACUCUGUUAUUUUUUAUAAACACAAAGAUGUAAAAAAAUUUGUUUAAUUGUCAAAAUUAAGAAGAGACUAAAUAACUAAUAUUUUUGUGAUGGAUGAACGUUCCACGAGCUCAUAUGAGAAUGCCCAAUUUUGGCAUAAUUCUAGUCCAUCACUUGUGUUUGUAGUUAUACUAACAUUCCACCAAAACAGUACUCAAAUUUAUUUUAAUCGUAUAUCAUUUUUAUUUCAUUGUACAAUACAACUUCAUAAUAUUACAUUA